ACAGGCCGCCUAAGAUUUGCAGGAUGCAAAUGUAGGAGAGCAGAUAUGUGCAAGAACAUGAAAGACUCCAAGUGUGCCUGCAGAAAGGCCAAUAGAGAGUGUGAUCCAGACAGGUGUGGGCCACCCCCGCUGAGAAAGUCAGGUUACAUACAUAUGACAUCCAUGCACAUGCUGAUUAUAGAUCUUUGCAGGAGAGGUAAAACAUCCAUCAGAAAUGAAUUAUGAUUAAUAUGUUUAUUCAUGUUGGUGUGAAGGCAGGAAGCAUGCAUGCCCCAAUACUGUGUUACAACAAGCCUUGAACCAGGUAUGAUCUAUCAAAUACACAUGCUAUGCUACUAG